UACGCUUCCUAAUCCCCAACAAAAGCACGCGUUGCGUUUAAGUAUUUAACUGCUUUGUUGAAAUUCUGCUUUCGUUUCCAUAUUCUGUCAAGGGGAAUUUCACUUUUCAAUUUGUACAAGCACAGUGAGGAACAAAUGAUUCUUCAGUUUCUACUUCUCUGAUGCUUUAAUGUUUGAUCGUUAACUGAAACCUGAUCUGGCUGAGGCUUUAUUAGUUCAAGUUGUUCUUAUCAGCGAGAAAGUACAUUUUAUCGACUGAAAAAAGAAAGCAAGGAAGAAGGUGAUGUGGUGGUUACUGGUAUUUUUUUGUGGAUUUUCGUUUGGGGCACUCGCUGUUGUUGCCUUUGAAGCUUUGGGAGUUUAUGUCUUCAUAAAACGAUUGAAUCAAAAAAUUCGAAAAGAAGAGCACAAAUCAUCGUCUCAUGAAGAUCUCGAUCCCCAUCAGUCACUCGAUUACGCUUAUAAUAAGAAGGGUGUUGUGUGGGUUCUAGAAUCGGACAAACUUCCCAAAAAUUGGCUGGCUGAAAAGGCCCCAAAAGAGCCAAAGAAGAAAAAGUUCUUUGAGGUUAAUCCUGUUAAGAGGAAUGCAAGAAUCAAGGAUCGAUCGCUUAUUUUGACAGAUUCAGAUGGUUCCCAUGCGACUAUUCCAUUAAAGAGUUGCACAAUAGACGCUGUUUCUGCUACCGACCUUCCCUCAAGAAAAUGGGCCAAACGAUUUCCCAUAAAAGUGGAGAGCAAGACUUCGGUGAUAUAUAAUGCAAGUAAGACAAUUUAUAUUUAUCUGGACACAUCUUGGGAGAAAGAGUCAUGGUGUAAAGCCCUUCGUCUUGCUUCGUGCGAUGACAAAGAGAGACUUAAUUGGUUCACCAAGUUGCGUGAAGAAUUCCAUUGUUACUUGACAUCCUUAAAUACAGGAUACCCUUCAUUUAUGAAGCCCUCAGUGGGGUUCAAUGCUGAGCCUGUAGACAGGAUGACUAAGCUUGAUGGUUCUGCAUCAAAGGUCCGCGUGUUUCUGAAAAAGCUUGCCAGAAAGGCUUCAAAGACAGAUAACAGAGGAAAUUUCCCAGUAGGCCGUGAAGAGAGAAAGAUUAACGAGAAGAAUCGCUCAUUCCAAGAUCCAACGUUGACCAGUAGCUUGGUAAAGACUGCUCCAACAGGAAGGGCACGUCUGAAUUCUGAGGAGGAGAAUAUGGCAGUACUGUCAUCAUCGCCCUUUUCCCAUGUAGCAAACCAGAGCCAUAUUUCUGUUGUUUCUGAUCUGGACUCUGAUGAUAAGUUCAAUGUUGAUGAAGGAACGCUCUGCUGGAAUUUGCUUGUUUCUCGUAUUUUUUUUGAUGCCAAGAGCAAUGCUACGAUAAAGAGUUCAGUUCAAGCGCGGAUUCAGAGAACAUUGUCUAAUAUGAGGAUACCCAGUUACAUUGGUGAAGUCAUAUGUACUGAUCUAGGCUUUGGGAGUCUACCACCUUAUAUCCAUGGUAUUAGAGUUCUUCCCAUGGACAUGAACGAGGUAUGGGCAUGGGAAGUUGAUGUUGAAUAUAGUGGCGGGUUGGUACUAGACAUUGAAACAAGACUGGAAGUUCAGAAUCUCCAGAAAGAUAUGGGGGAUACGAACUCAGAAUCCAACUCUGAUGGGGAUGUCCCUCCAGACCUUUUGGAAGGUAUUGAAUAUUUUGGAAAACAGCUGAAGCUUUCUGAAGGAUCCAUUGAUGCACAAGAUCAGAGAAAUGAAGGAAAUCUUAAACUUGAUGGGUUCAAAAACUCUACAGAUUAUUUGCCAACAUCAACAAAUGUAUCAAGGUGGAAGUCCAUUCUUAAUUCUAUUGCAAAACAGGUUUCACAGGUACCCCUCUCUUUAUCAAUAAGGGUGGCAUCUCUUCGUGGAACUCUGCGGUUAAAUAUAAAACCACCCCCUUCUGAUCAGAUAUGGUAUGGUUUCACAUCUAUGCCUGAUAUAGAAUUUGACUUGGAGUCAUCUGUUGGGGAACACAAGAUUAGCAGUGCACAUAUUGCUUUGUUCUUGAUCAGUCGGUUUAAGGCUGCUAUCAGAGAAACUAUGGUGCUUCCAAACUGUGAAAGUUUGUGCAUUCCUUGGAUGUUGGCCGAAAAGAAUGACUGGGUCCCCCAGACAGUUGCUCCUUUUAUUUGGCUUAAUCGAGAAGCCACAAGCGAACAUGCCUCUGCAUCUGAAGCUGUUAGUUCCCGAUCUGAUGAAGCAAAACUCAAGGAGGAGGCUCAUAGGAGAGCCUCCAAUUGUGAUACAGAAAGCAGCCAUUUAAAAUCGAAGAAUGUUGAAUGUAGUCAGCGAUCAAUUUCUGCUUCUUCUGAUACCUUGGAGAGCUCAUCAAGCUCUGCCAAGCCAUCAAUUGAAAGCAGUAAAUCUUUGCAAGAACUAACAAGUCCUUUAUUGGCAAGCUUUGAACCACAAGAUAUUUGCAAUCAAAGCAGAGAGAGUCAAUCACCAUCUAGGUCCCUCACAACUGCAGAAAAACAGAAUCAUGCUGUUGAGGACGAUGAUUCAAGACCAAAGAGGAUGGGAAGAAGAGCAAGAAUGCUAGAUCUGGGGAAGAAGAUGGGAGAGAAACUUGAAGAGAAGAGACGUCACAUUGAGGAAAAGGGCAGGAACAUUGUUGAGAAGAUGCGAGGACCAUGAAACUGCAAAAAACAAAGGGAGUGCAUAGGCAUACUUAUAAUUUGUAGUGAAAGCUAUAGAUAGUAGAGGAAUGGAGGCAUCCAUGAAUUAAAAAGAUCAUGUACAAUAUUCUAGGUGCUAAGAUUCUUUUUGACAUAAAAUUCACUUACUAUUCUUGUUCACUCCACAGUUCUUGUGCAAACUAAGAUGUAAUUGAUACAGAUCUUACACGGGGUAUUAGAUUGUAUUCAUUUAGUGAAAAUGUAAUAUACAAAUACAAUCUCAAGAUAUUGAAA